GUCCGCAAGCUAAACGUCUGACGGUUCUGAAAGGUUUUUCUCCUACAGCAAGCUGCGUGCAAUUGAGUGCUUAUUUCCUAACAAUUUUUAUCCACCAUCAGCAAAAUAAACACAAUUUCUACACUCGUUUUGUAAAAAGUAGGGUGCGGUGAAGGUUUUCGAGCGUGUGCCGGUUUUUAAUAUUGUACGAAUGUUUGUGAAUAGCGUAGGAUAGAGGGAAUCAACCAAGGGACGCAAGUAGCGCGUCAAUUUUGUGUGCCGAAGGACUAUUGGUGCUGUGUUGUGCUGCUGCUGUGUGUGUUGCAAAUCUUCCAAAAGAAGCAUCUUUGCAAAAAAAAUUCGCAGCCACCAACGAAAGCGGGUUGGUCACGGUUUUUGCUUACGCUUCGAAUGGUGAGAAAUGGCCCCCGGUGUGGAAAAGAAUCGAUUGUAAUCGGUUCGGCAGUGGUUAGCUUCGACGCUUUGGAAAGCAUCCGUAGAAAGGGGGUUCGCUUUGGGCUGAGCAUCGUGUAGAUUACAACAAAGCAUUUGACAGUGCAGUAGGCCGCGAGAGUUCGCUUCACCAUCACACCGGUAAACAUACCGAACGUUCUGUGGCGAUGGCCGAUAUAACGUACCCGGCGGGCUGCCGGCCAAUCAAUGAAGAUCUCGGACAGGAUGAGCUGAUCCGCCGGCUGAAGACGCUGACCCACACGCUGCAGGCGAUGGGCCAGGACGAGGACGGUAUGUACACACAGUACAUUCCGCUGGCCGUCCAUCUGGCGGACGAUUUCUUCCUGCAGCAUCCGUCGCGCGAUGUUCAGCUGCUGAUUGCUUGCUGCAUUGCGGACGUGUUGCGUGUGUACGCACCGGAAGCCCCGUACAAAGAUCAGGAUCAAAUCAAAGGCAUCUUCAUGUUUCUGAUCCGGCAACUGAACGGGCUGCGCGACCCGAAAGAUCCGGCGUUCAAGCGGUACUUCUAUCUGCUCGAGAAUCUGGCGUACGUGAAAUCGUUCAACAUGUGUUUCGAGCUGGAAGACUGCCAGGAGGUGUUCUGUACGCUGUUCAGCUUGAUGUUCAAAAUUGUCAAUGACGAGCACAGUCCGAAGGUGAAAACGUUCAUGCUGGAUGUGCUGGCACCGCUCAUCACCGAGUCCGAUUCCGUUUCGUACGAUCUGCUCGAUCUGAUCUACAUCAACAUUGUCGAACCGCUUCGCACCCAGAAACGCAACGCGUACGAGCUUGCCAAGGAGCUCAUUAUAAAAACCUCCAACUGGCUCGAGGCGUACACGCAGGCCUUCUUUAACCAGAUCCUGAUCCUGGACAAGAACGAAAAGCAGUACCAGAUUGUGCCGAAGAUCUACGACGUAAUUUACGAGUUGAACGUAAUCACGCCGAGCAUUCUGCUGUCCGUUUUGCCACAGCUCGAGUGCAAGCUCAAAUCGACGCACGAAGCGGAACGCUUGAAAGCCGUCUCGACGCUGGCACGGAUGUUUUCCGAGCCCGGUUCCACGCUGGCCCGACAGUAUGGGCCUCUUUGGAAGCAAUUUCUUGGCCGGUUUUACGAUAUCGCGGUUCCGAUCCGCAUCAAGUGCGUCCAGAGCACGAUGCACUUCCUGAUCAACCAUCCGAGCCUGCGGAAGGACAUUAUCGACACGCUACGCAUCCGGCAGCACGAUUCGGACGAAACCGUCCGCUACGAGGUGGUGAUGGCGAUCGUGGAGACGGCCAAGCGGGACCUGCAGAUUGUGUCCGAGUCGGAGGAUCUGCUAGAGUUCGUCAAGGAGCGGACGCUCGACAAAAAGUACAAGAUCCGAAAGGAAGCGAUGAACGGGUUGGCGAUGAUCUACAAGAAGUACCUCAGUGAUACGAACGUGCCGCUGGCAACGAAGAAGGCCGUCAUCUGGAUCAAGGAUAAGAUUCUGCACGGCUACUAUAUGACCGGUGUCGAGGAUCGGCUGCUGGUGGAACGUUUGCUGAUCACGUGCCUUGUGCCGUAUCAGCUGCCGGCGGAGGAGCGUAUGAAGAAGCUGUACCAGCUGCUCGGCACCAUCGACGAUAAUGCGACGAAAGCGUUCAUAGAGUUGCAAAAGAAUCAGCUAAAGGUGCGACGCAGUGUCGCCGACUGGAUCAAGCUGCACCGGCUAAAGGAUCUCACGCCGACCGUGAUGAAGGAGAUGAAUGUCAAGUGCUCGAACAUUGCCAAACAGCUGCCGGACCCGGUGAAGGCCCAAGAGUUCCUGCUCAAAUUCUCUGCCCAAAUGCGCAAGGACCCGAAGCUGAUCGUGGAGAUGGAAACGAUCCUGAAGCGGGACGUGUCGUGCAAGGAGUGUGCCGACACGAUGGCGAUCGUGCUGAAGAAGCUGGGCCAGCCGAUCAUGACGAACACGUACUACAAUACGGUGAAGAUGCUGCUCGAACGCAUUGCGUCGGUAAUGGUGGACAAGCAGUCGAUCGGUGUGCUGAUCGAGCUGAUCCAGGAGUGUAUGAACGGUGGGAAGGAGGUGAUCGAGGAGGUAAGCCUGCCGACGGAUUCGGCCGGCGAGCGGGGGCUCAAGCUGCUGACCGUGCUGGCGUACGUGUUUUCCGCACACUUCCAGCACGACGAAAUCCUGCGCCACAUGAUCGGACUGCUGUCGUUCGACGAGCCGUACGUAGCACCGUACGUGCUGAAAGCGUUCACGUACCUAGGCCGGUACAAGGCACUGAUCGAAUCGCACCCGGCCAUCCUGAAGGAGCUGGCACCGCUUUGCAAGGAGUUCGCCAUCGCCGGCACACCGAAGCAGGCGAAACAUGCCAUCCGCUGUAUGUUCGUAAAUACUCAAACGGGCAGCAGUGGCAGCAGUGGUGGUGGUGGUGGCGGUGGUGGUGGCGGUGCUGGUACCGAUCCGCUAGCGAUCGCUGCGUCGGAUCAUGCCGGCAUCGACAUCUUCCCGGAUAUUGUCGAAGGCAUGAAGCAAACGUUGCACCCGCAGAGCGAACACUACCGCACAGCGAUCGUAACGCUCGGGCAUAUCGCGUACAAUCUGCCGGAAAAGUUUCACGUGCAGAUCAAGAACAUUAUCUCGCGCAAGAUCGUCAAGGAGCUGCUGGUGAAGGAAACCUCGGACGGGCGGACGAAUGUGCCGACCAAAGACUGGUGCGACGAGCAGGACCUGCCGGAGGAAACGCGCUGCAAGGUGGAGGGUCUGAAGACGAUGGCGCGCUGGUUGCUGGGGCUGAAGAAGGAUGUGGUGUCGGCGCAGAAAACGUUCCGCAUGCUGAAUGCGUUCAUCAGCAAAAAGGGCGACCUGCUCGAGCAGGGCGGUGCGUUAUCGGCAGCGGAAAAGUCCUGGCUGCGUCUCAGCGCCGGUAAGGCGAUGCUGAAGAUCUGCGAGCAGAAGGGCGUCGGCGAUCAGUUCAUUGCCGAGCAGUUCUACAAUCUUUCGCAAUUGAUGACCGAUCCAGUGCCGGAGGUACGCGAUACGUUCGUCAAGAAGCUACACAAAGGUCUGAGCAAAGGUAUCCCGCACAAGUGCCUUCCGCUUGAUUUUAUGGGCUAUUAUGCGCUCGGCGGAAGAGAGACGGAUCAAAAUUUGUUCAAUCAAAUCAAAUCUAAUAUAGAAACCGACGUGAACAGACGUCGUGAGUAUGUUAAAAACUUCACUACAGUUGAACGUGGCAUGAGCCAACUGCCGCACAUCCUACCAGAUUAUAUGCUCGUGUUUGCUGUGACGGUGCUCACGCAUGAUCCGCAGUUCACGCGCCCAUCGGAUCCUGCCCAGCUGAGGCACAUCGAACGAUGUCUCUGGCUCGUGCUGGAACCGCUUGUCAUGAACAAGGAGUUCUUCUGCUUUAGCUUCUACAAAAAUCUGAUCGAGCGCAUCAAACACCAUAAGGACGCGCUGAAGCCGGACGAUGAGGAAAUAAAUCAUAAACUGUGGGCUAUAUGUGAUGUAGCCAUGGGGCUUAUACUCACCCGGUUAACGUUCUACGAUAUGCGCGAGGCACCGGCCGAGGCACGCAUACCUUCGAUGUAUUUCCAGGCACAGCCGGAAGAUUUCCACAACACGCGCUACUACAUUCCGGACGAUAUGUACAACCUGACGGAUAGGAGUGGCCGCAGCGCCGUUCCGUCCGGCUCGAAGGCUGGCCCACCCGGAGCCAAAACCAAACAGACUACGUCCUCCUCCACUGCGGCAUCCUCCUGCCCGCCAUCCUCGUCCUCGACGUUGACGCUGGCCGUUUCCUCAAGUUCUGCAACAUCCGCCUCGGAACGGAACAAACUGAAGGCAAAAACUAACCGCCAGCUAACGCACGACGAUGACGAACAAAAUGGGCAGGAUGAGACUGAAGACAUCGGGCCACCACCCUCCAAGCGAGCUCACAAACCAGUGGAUGGUGCAAGCGUGUAAUGGCAAAUGGUUCUGUCCAGGUUUGUCGUAAGGGGAGAUAAGCGAUUAUUAUUAAGUUAUUUAUGUACAGUACCAUACCGUGACAAGCGACAAAAUUUUAGUAAUGGAAAACAGGACUGUUUGGUUAGCUUCGAUAGCCUCGCAGUGCAGUGAGCUGCCAAACAUCAGGCCUGAGGUUGACAGAAGAUAGCACUGACACACGCAACGGAGAGCUCUAAAGUCUCUAAAAACCCUUAAGGCGCGAUUGAGUAUUUUACUUAUUUCUUGACGACAGCAAACAAUCUUCGGCAACAUAUACACAGCAAUAGAGUACAGAGGCGAACCCACACUACCACCGGCCGUGUAGGUCAACUCUCUAUCGAUACUCAUUACUCAUAACUGGCCUUUUUUUAAAUUUUCUUUCCCUUUCCGAUUGAAGAGAGUAUAAUAAAUUGAGCGGUAAACAAACGCUUAAGCUGGAGAGGAAGCAGGUUGCAAACUAAGAUGAAGCUUAAUGUUAACAAGCGCGAGUAUAUGAAUAAAACAAACACACAUGUAGUUUUAAUGACGCUGAACCAAUAAUGACACGAAUCGGUUAGAAUCGGAGUACGAU